UUAUAACUCAUCAUUGUCACUAACAUUUGAAAUCACACCAACAAACCUUAUCAAUGGCUGCUGCUGCUUCAGCUUCUCUUCAAUCAAUCCCUGCAUCUUUGAAGUUAUCAGCUGUCAAACCUCCUCAACUCCUACCUGCUAAUAACCUCCUUUCAUUCAAAAACUCCAAUAACCCAAUUUUCACUCACAGACUGACCACCGCCACCAACAGCUCCUGCAGCCGGAGGGCGUUUAGUGUCAAGAGUCAGAGCAACCCUUCAGAAUCUUCAAGACCCACUAAAAUUCAUGAACUCUGUGUGUAUGAGAUGAACGAGGGAGACCGUGGCAGCCCUGUGUAUCUCCGAUUGGGUCAAAAACCUGUGAAUUCCCUCGGUGAUCUUGUUCCGUUUUCCAAUAAAGUUUACAGUGCGGAUCUUCAAACGAGAUUGGGGAUCACCGCCGGAAUUUGCAUUCUGAUCAGAAACAUCCCGGAGAAGAAAGGGGACAGAUACGAGGCUUCUUAUAGCUUUCACUUGGGAGAAUAUGGGCAGAUAUCAGUGCAGGGUGCUUACUUGACGACGGAGGAAACCUAUCUUUGCAUCACCGGCGGUACCGGAAUCUUCACCGGAGCGUAUGGUCAAGUGAAGCUUCAGCAGAUAGUGUUUCCUUUCAAGCUAUUCUAUACUUUCUACUUGCAGGGUUUAGCUGCCGAUCUGCCACCGGAGUUGCUAGUCACGCCUGUUCCUCCGACACCGGAUGUACAGGCGUCGCCGGCGGCGAAGGCUGUUCAGCCUGGGGCCACGUGCCGGGAGUAUACCGAUUAAAUCAACGAUGGUGACGGCCACCUUUUAGUUUACUUUUUUUUUGUUGUUGGGUUAAAAAUGGUGCAUGUGGGUUGUACUUUUGGCUUGGUGGGUUGUAUUUUUGAGAUUUGGCUCAAACUCAUUAAUAAUGGAAAUAUUCGUUGGAUUGUUGGCUCUA